GCCGUUUUCAGGUGUGCCCUGUUGUCCGUGUUGUCUAUGUUUCGGGGCUUUCUCUCUUCUCUUUUUCUUGUGUUUAGUCUCCUCCUUUUUGAUUCCCAGUUUAUCCAGACCUUCUCUCUUCGCCGUCUCAUUCUCUUUCUCUCACCACUGCUAAAGCCAUUGGGCAUUGGCUCGCACGACGAGACGAGAAAACAUCACAUCUCUUUUCGUCUUUUGAAAGUACCUACGCAGCCGCUCUUCUCCGAGCUUCAGUCUUGGUCGUAGCCCACCUGGUAACACGGCCGCUGCUGGUGCUCCGUCUUGUACCUCUUUGCUGUUGACUCUCUGGGUUUUUUGCCAUUGUUGUGAAACGAGAAGAAAAUCCAGAUUUGCAAUUAUAGAACUGUCGGAUUGUUGUGCAGACGUGAAAAAUGCUGCGGAUACUCGGCCUCGUUUCCCUCUUUUGCAUCCUCUUCCAAGCUGCUUUGGCAUCCAAUUCUGAGGAAAAUGCGCUGGAUAUGAGCUUGGGCGAAGAUGAAUGCAGUAUGAUGGUAUGCCGGGCUGGAAGAGAGUGUAAGGUGGGUGCCGAUGGCGAGGCUGCUUGCGCUUGCCUGGCCACUUGUCCGGAUCAUUUUGUCCCCGUCUGCGGCAGCAACAAUCAAUCCUACGAUAACUUUUGCUUGAUGCAUCGUGAUGCCUGUUUGACGGGCGUUCACAUCAGUCUCAAGAAAAAGGGAUACUGUUCCAACAAGUCGAUCAAGAAAAAGUCCAGCAAAAAGGAUAAACUUAAAGAUGAAAAUCACUUUGAGCCAGUGGUGUGUUUCCAAUGGGAAAGGGAUGCUCUACGUCGCCAAAUCAUCAACUACUUCCGGCAUCAUACCGCCGACCAGAGCUGGUACCGACCAGACUUGAAGAGUUACGAAAAGCAGUUUGCCCGUUUCUUCAUGUGCGAUACCACCAAAGACAACUUUGUCGAUGCCAACGAAUUAGCCGCUUGCGUGACUGAAGUCCCUUUCGCUCUGCGAACCACGGCCGCCACCAACGAGCUGGUCAAAGUGUUGUGUGUCGACGCCAUAAUCGAUUCAGCCGAUACUAAUUCCGACUGGCGGUUGGACUUUGAAGAGUACAAGACUUUGAUGGAUUCUAGUUUCCAGCCGAAAGAAAAGCUGUGCUCUUUGGAGGGCAAAAAGUACGAGGACGGCUCCCAAACAAAAGUCGAUUGUAAUGACUGUGUCUGCGCCUGCGGCAGCUGGGUGUGCUCUUCCAAGAAGUGUGACGAAGAGCUGAACGAAAUCGACGACCUGGAUGAAGACGAAGAUUUGGACGAUGAGUUGGACGAAGCUGAGGACCAGAGCGAAGACAGCACCAAAGACGAAGUCAAGAUUCUCAAAAUUGAGGAGGAUAUCGACCUGAAAAUCGACGAUCCGGAUGAGGAUCAGCCACCAAAGAUCAACUCCGACGAUGACGACGAUAUGGACGACGAAGAAGACGAGGAAGAUGAUGAAGAAGAAGAUGAAGAAAUCGACGUGGAGCCAAUCAAGAAAUCAUCUAAAAACAAGAAGAAGAAAUUGACGUAAUUUUUUGGGUCUAUUAAGUCUUCUUCUGUUUAGCUUUUUUCCCAUAGUUAGCUUCUGCUUUUAACGACGUCGUCGCGUGCCAUUUAUGGGGAGCUACACUCUGCUGUCCUCAUACUUUACGUACAUUUAUUUUUUUAAUUUCUACAUUUUUUAAAAGCCCCAAUUGUCAGUGCGUUUUCUCGCCUGGUGCUGACAUUUACGAGUUAAUUUUCUUUGUCUUUAUUCCACCAUCGAGCUAACAUAACACCUGGGUUAAAUUCCACUUGACGCUUUCGUCCCUACGGCGCUGUACAAUACAUUCCCCCGGCAAUCGAA